UUGCGGGAAGCAUAUAAUCGUUCGCAACUUCGCGAAGCUUUGCACUUGUCUUCUCCCUUCUUUCGCAGCUAAUUAGGGUUAGGGUUGGGGUUAAGGAUUUCUGCACAGUCUCCACUCCUAAUUGGGAACUUGUUCGAUUAUUGUACUUAAUUCUUCGUUUUCUGGAUUCAUUUGUUUUUUACAAUAGAAUCGGGGGAGAAAAGAGAGUUGAAAAUUGCUUGUUAGGGUUAAAUGGAUCUUGAGACGGAGAACAGAAUAGCUGCUAUUCUUAUGAAAGAAGCAGCAGAGUUGCGGCGCCAAGCUGAGAAAGAUGGUGUAUCUGUUUAUCUUCAUCAACCUAAACCCAAGGUCCGCCCUAAUUCACGCUUUCUCACAGCUACUGUUCGUGGUGUACAACAAGCUAAUCGAGCUGUAGAAAUCAAUGAGAUGUGGCGAGUUCGGCAAAAAGAGCUAGAAUUGGACAAUCGACUCAAAGGCAGGCCGAAGGAUCAGAGAAGCAAUGGUGCAAGGUACAGAAAUGGUGAUGACUUCACAAGUAACAGACACACAGCAGUAGAUGAUGGGGCAAAUGCUUCAUGCUCCUCAAGCAAAGGUUCCUUUUCAAGAAAUGACGAUGGCUUGAAGGAUGAAGAACUUGAAGAAUUUUUGCACUCAAGGACCAAGCGCGGGAGAGGUGCUGUUGGACCAAGGAUGGAUGAAACAGGUCCUUAUCUUCCCCGAUGUCCAAACCCCAAGGAAGAGCUAUCGACAAGCUUAGAGCAUCGCCGUGUUGUUUGUGGUCGUGAGAAGCUUUCUUCCCUGGAGUCUUGUGAAUCUUCUGAAGAAGAGACUGAUGAUGAUAGGAAAGAAAAGAAGCGGAGGAAGACUCAUUCUAGGAGCUCAAAGAAACCGAAUAAAGACAAGCUUAAAUCUAAAAAGAAAUCGAAGGAUAAGAAAAAGAAGAGAAAGGAGGAGAAAAGAAGCAAACGUGACCAUUAUAACAUUUAACAAUCACUUUCUGCUAGCCACUUGAGAUUAACUCAAAUGGUUGGGUAAAAUGUGCAUGUAAGGGAUUUGGGGUUGUUUAUUAUAUAAAAAAUUAAGGGUUUUCUCUUAACUGUUUUUUAUUUUUAUUCAAAAAAAUAUCAAGAAAUCCAAUCACUUUCUACA